AUGGCAUCUAAGAGGAACACGGUGAAUUCUCCCUCUAUCCAGUUGCCGCCCCAAGCUGCCACGACUGCCUCAGCCAAGGGGAAUACAAAACUUGUCCCCGUGGCACAGAGAGCAGCCACCACUACCCCUGGAACGGGGGGCGACGAACUCGACGAAUCCGUGACCCUCCACCGGGAGGAUACCAUGGGCAGCACCAGCGACAGCGACGACUCGCUGAAUGAUCCUUUCGAAAAGGCGCAAACAUCUAAAAAGCGUUUGAGGCAAGAGGAUACCCCGUCACCGGGGGCACAAGCGCCCCCAAGAAGACCACGAGUCGAGUACUCGGCAACAGCGGGUCAAGAUCCCUCCCCACUACCACCAGAAGUUCGUCAGUUGAGUGAGUCCCCACUGGCUGCUCCAGAAGUGAUUGAAAUCACUACCAGCCCCCCCGCGGUGGCGAUGGAUGAGCAGCCAGAGGAACCCACCAUCGAUCCCGACCUCUAUAGAUAUCUCCUUUCGUCAAAGGAUGAGGUCGAGGAUCAACUAUAUGAGGGGACUCUGAGCUCAACUGACAAUCUCGUAGGUCUGAUAGAUGCUGGCAUGGAGGCCAGCGAUCAAGAGCUAUCCUCUUUUAUCGAAACCUGGAUCAACCAGAAUUUCGAAAAGAGGAAGACCACUCGACCUGGGAGGAGGGCCGCUGUGCCACCUGACACACAAGCGGUGGAGGUGCGUUCCGGGAGCAACCCCAAGGCGCGUCCCUCGGCCGCAGGUUGUCAGGCAAAGGGCAGAGGGAAAGGGACACAGAAAGCUAGGCACUACGGAAAGCAGUCCACAGGGAACAAUCCUAGAGCAGCCCUGUAUAAAAAUGCUCAGGAUCUGUUCAAUAAGAACAAGACAACGAUCGCUCAUGACCUUUCAGAACGAAGACCAGUGAAAAGGAGUUAUGUCUGUCCUCCGAAAUUCAUCAGGCAGGGGCAUAGGUGUUACUACUUCAGCAAAGAUGUGGCAACGUGGCAAGAAGCAAUGUUCCGGUGUCGAGAUAUGCACAGCAAUAUUGCCAUAAUAAAAAAUGCUCACCAGGAUGAACUAAUAAGACGCGUUCUUAGUAAAAAAUCAUUAGAUCCUACCCAGCGAUGGUUAGGAGGUGUUUAUGACUGGCAAAAUAUGACCUGGAAAUGGGCUGCUUCCGGAAAACUGCUCACCUACAGUGGAUUUCCUGAAUCUGACGGAGAUACUGAUAAAGAGAGUUUGAGAUGGCAGUGCAUAAUAAUGGAUCCUUCAUUAGAAUACAAGUGA